AUGAGUGGGGCGAAGGAGAGGUUCGAGCGCGCCAAGGCCGGUAUCGCGCCGGCGAAGGGCGUCAUGGACGGGAUCAGGAAGGACAUGCAGGCGGAGAAGCUCGGGCUCAAGCCCAAGGGCGGCACCGCGUGGAGCCACGGCUUCUUGAACCAGAAGUACUGGCAUCCGCUGUCGUAUCGGAAUCAGGAGCGGCUGUUCAAGGCGGAGCAGGAGGAGGAGGCAAAGAAGACGAGGAACGAGCUCGCGAAGAAGGAGUUCGCGGAGCAGGCUGAGUUCUUCAAGAACACCGAGCUGCUGAGCCAGAGCGACAGGGACGCCCUGAGGAAUCGCCAGCAGCUCGCCUUCAUGUACCAGCAGCCGCCCGGGUUCAAGGAGAUGCAGGAGCGCGAGAAGCAAGAAGCGGAGGAACGCAAGCGACGGGAGAUGGAAGAUCUCAAGGCACGCGAGGAUGAGGCUGCCAGGGAGGCUGCGGGGCUUCCCCCGCUCGUACCCGAGAAGCCAAAGCGGCACCACUUCAAGAAGGACAUGUACGGCAAGAACGUCAUGACCGAGGAGGAGAUGCCGGAGCUCAGGGGCGCCCCGAAGAUGGACGGCGUGGGCCUGGCGCGCGUGCAGCCCUUCGGCAAACAGGUGAAGGCUGUGCAGUGCCUGAGGUGCGGCGGGCUCGGUCACCAGAGCGGGGACAAGGAGUGCCCGAUGCGUGACCAGAACCCCGCGGAUGAGUUCCGGGUAAAGCUCGAGGACCCCCUGACGCUGAUGCGCGCGAGGGACGAGCUGAUGAACUCGCGCAAGUUCGCGCUGAAAACCCCGAUGACGUGCGGGCGGUCGCCCACGCGCGGCGGAUGCCACCCCGACGCGGCGAAUCAGCAGAUGCUCGUCGACGACCCUCAGGUUGAGCUGGAGGCUGGGAGGCCGUCGGGGAUCCUGGACUCGUUGCCGAGGUCGGAGCGAAAGCGCCUCAUCAAGGAGUACAGGGCUCAGGAGAAGGCGAGCAAGAAGGCGAAGAUCAAGGCGGCCGAGGAUUACCUUCGGAGUCAGGGUGUGUUAUCCUCGAAGGGCAAGGACAAGAAGGGCAGCAAGAAGCAGAGGUAG